UUCUUACGAGACGUUUAAGGAUUUGUUUAUAGAAACAGCCUUUCUGAAUUGCCCCAGUGAUGGGGCCAGACAACCUCCGCUGCCUCCUACUUCUCCCCCUCACUCUCGAAGGCUCCGUCGUGAUUUUUUCAAAGUUAAUCGGCACCACCUGCAUACCCUCGGCAACCAUUACUCACCAACACGCCCUCACCGUUCCCAGUCCCAGUGCUGCGACAUUUAAACUUUUAAUCGUGUUCAAAUUACCCUACCAUCUUGAAUGUACCAGUAAGCCACACUUUCAAUUUUUUGAGAAGAAUAAAACCCCCACCUCCUCCAACCGUAGACACCGGGGGGAGUUCUCACUCCCUGCAUCCCCCGCGCUUCCCCACCCGACACCACCAAAACAAAAGCUAUCAGAUUGCAAAAGAUAGCGAGUGUGGAGCGACACUGCUUAUUAACUACGUACAAAGGAAGUGCGGGGUGGCAGAAGACAGGGCGACACGACGCCGACCACAACAAACCCAAGGCCAGGGCUCCGCGCCCGCAAAACACCUCCCCCCCCCCGCCGCAGACCCUGGCGCUCCUGAAACCACCGCGUACGACACCUCUCGCUAGGGACGGGCGUCUAGGUGUCCCCGUGAGGCGGCGACUACACCCCGCGCUGCGAGCACGUGUGUCGGAAUGCAAGUCGGCUCCGACCACACACCCACCAACGCACACUCGGAUGCGGCCCUAGUACCCCUCCAUCCCCCGGCCCGGGAGAAACUGGGAGACCAUCCCAGAGCCCUCUGAACUGGGGGGCCCAGUGGCGCUCCCCGGAAGAAACAAGCUGAGGAAGACUCCCGGCCUCGCACUUCCCGGGGGGCUGCCCAGAGAGCGCUUCCCCUCACGCCACCGCCCAGCCCCGGGACGCCAGGGGCAGGUAACCCAACGAGCAGCGGGCCAAAGUGACGGGCAAGGCCAGGAACCCGAGGAGCAAAAGCACGUUGGGCGACGGGAGGCAGCGCCGGGCGCUUGGAGACGUGUCCUGGGGCUACGGGCCCUCUCCGCAGGGCACCUCCCCCCUCGAGGGCAACUCGCACCCCGCGGGCCGGGCGGCUGCCCGCUCCCCACUGCCGGGUCAGCCCCAGCAGCGGAGACGCGGUGCGACCCAGGGUGCUGUCCCCGCUGCCUGCGCGCCGCAGGGGAUCAGCGCUGUGUGCGGAGAGGCUCGUGCGCCCGGGAGGGGCGAGGUGCGGGUCGCGGGGCCCGGGAAACCGCGGAGCCCGCCCCGGCACCAACUUCCCUACCGAGUCCUCGUGCCUAGCCGGGGGACACGGCUGUCAGGACCGCGAGAAAAAAAGCUCCUCAGGCCCCUCCCGCGCGGGGAUGCGCGGAGCCAGGGCCCGCGGGGCUCCAGACGAACGAGCCCGGGUCCCGGGUCCGCUGCAGCCUCCCUCCCGGCAGAGCCGCCCCGCGCCCCGCCCGGGGCCCGACAGCUGCGACGGUGGCAACUCGGGUUUCGCAAACAGGGCGCAGCCCCUCGGAGGAAAAGUUCCCGCAGUGGCCGCGGGCGGCGGGCACAUACUCACUUUCUCCACUCGUCGGCCAGAGCGAGAGCGCGGCGGAGAGAAACAGGAGCCCCCACAGCGAGGUCGGGGACCCUCCUCCGGAGCCAGCCUUCAUUCCUUUUAUUUGGGACGAAAUUCCCCUUUCUCAAAAAAAAAAAAAAAAAAAAGAAAAGAAAAAAAGGAAAUGAAAGGAAACAAGUCUCAAACUCAGUCUUCGCUCCCCCUCCAAAAACAAGGGCGAAGGAAACAAUACUCUGAAGGCGGCGCCGCCGGGGCCCUCCGGGUGCGCGGACGGGGCGGGCGGCGCGGGGCGGCCCCUCAGCGCCGGCAGCAGCAGCCCAGGGCUCGGCGGAGUCGGGAACCCGAGGCGCGCCGGGGCGGGCUGUCGGCGUCGUCGGCCUCCAUUUUCAAACCCAGAGAGGCAGGAAGGGGGGAAAACUGCAAAGAAAGGGGGCAAAGCCCAAAUCUGCCUCAGCGAGGAAAAACAAGCCCGGCCCUGGCCGCGCGGGAGGCGGCCGGACGCCCAAGCCUCCGCCGCGGGAGGGCGCGACGCAGUUCGCAAGAUCGCCCCGAAGUCCGGGUCGCAGGCGAGGCCGGCGAGGGGCAGAAACGCGGAGUCAAAAUGAAUGAGCGGCUCCCCCUCCUCCUCCUCCUGGCUCCGCUCGCCGCCGCCUCCUCCCUCAGCGCCGCCGCCGCUGCGAGCUCCUUCCCAAAUCCAGGACACACACAAAGCGGCGGGCCGGCCGCGCCGCGCUCAGCACUCCCGCCGCGCCGCCCGGCUCUGCGCCGCCGCCCGCCCCGCGCCGGCCCCCGCCCGGCCCCCGCCCGCCGCCGCCGCCGGCUCUGCGCGGGGGCUCCGGCUCGCUGAAGGUCAAAGCCGAGGCGAGGCGCGCCGUGGAGCUGCCCCCGCGCGGGAGAGGCGUGGAGGGCGCGGGGGGGUCCGGGGAGCGGGGCCGAGGGUCUGCGAGCGCCGGCCGCGGGCAGGCUCGCUGGCGGCGUCCCUCUCGCUCUCCCGCCUCUCUCGAGUUCGCCUGGUGCGCUCGCUCCUCCUUGGGUUUUUUCCCUUUUUUUUUCCGCUCAGCGGAGUUAAUGCUGGUAAACAAGAGCCCCAGCCUCGCCGCGCCGCCGCCGCCGCUGCCACACACUGGGGGCUCGCGCGCGCGCGCCCGGGGCCGCGCACACGCGCCCGCUCGCACACUCGAGCGGCCACCGCCGCAGCAGCGGCGCGCCGAGGGCCCGGCCCAGGCCGGCGCGCGCCAAAAACCGGAGCCCGGGAUUCCCAAGACGUGCGGAGCGGAGCCCGGGCGUGGGGCGCGAGACUGCGAGGCGCCGCCCCCAUCUCCCGCCCCGCCGCCUCCCGCGCGCACACACAGACACGCGCGCGUGCCCACCGGCUCCCGCCCCCACCGCACUGCGCCGGCCACCCCGCACGCGCCCUCCCCUCCCGCCCGACUCCAAAAACAAUGCCCCCGCCGCCGGCCCGGUCUCGGCGGGGCAGGGGUGGGUAGGCAGGGAAAGGCUAGGCAGGGGAGGGGUGGGCAGGAGAGGGGAGGGGUGGGCGGGGAGUGCGGGGCUGGGAGAGGUUCAUUGAAAACAACAACAGCGCGGCUGGAAAGCGCGUUUCCCAGGUUCUUGAAAAGCUUCAUUGUUUCUUGCAGCUGUUGCAAAAUAAAUAAGUGCGUGCAUGCGGCAUUUUUUUCGCUGCGUACUGGAAAGCCCGAACGUGGCGGAAGGGACGCACCUGGGAGAAAGGGGACCCCCCCCCCAGGCUACUACGCCUGGCACUUUCACGCCAGGCUGGGGCGCCCGCGGCAUUGCGACCGUGGAGCCCGGAGUUUCGGGGCUCGCGGGGAGAGGAGGGGGAAGGGCGCGGCCCGCGUGGCUCGGCCCGGAGUGGCGCGAGGAGAGAGGACCCAGCCGCCCUUCGCGGGCCCCGUGCCCCGGAAGGGGGGCCCAGACAGGCAGCCCCGCGUGCCCCGGGCGCGUCCCCGCCGCGGCCGCCAGAGGGCGCGGCGGGCGCCGGGGAGGGCAGCCCGCGGAGAGUCGCCUCCCUCCCUCCGGGGGAGGAAAUGUGGGGGCCCGGGCUGGGGGCCGACUCGGCUGGGUCGCGCUGGCGUGGCCUCCCGGACCCGCGGCCCGCCCUGAGCGCUCUCCGCGGCCCCGCGCGGCUCAGGGCUCCACCACGUGGGCGGCUGCGGGGAGCGGCCGGGGCGCGUGCACGCUGCGGGGCUCCGAAUCUGGGGGGGCGUGUCCGGGUCCCGGGGCCCCAAGGAGGGGGUGGAGGCUGGGGCCGGGAAGCCUCCCUUGGCUGCGGUCCCGACCCGGGAACACGCUGCAGGCACUCGGGAUCAGCGGCUACUGCGGAAACCCACCCGCACCUGUCUCGGGUCCUCCCAGGCACGUUCCUCUUGCUUCGUUUGCUACGUAAGUGACUAGAAACCAGUACCGACCCUAAGUCUCCGCGGUGGUUUUCUUGAAUGUGCAGGAGGAGAGGUUUCCCCAAAGCGAGACUUCCCUAGGACUGCCAUCUAAUGAAUAAAUGCUGCGGAGACCAGGUCCUCAAAGAGGGAAACAGCCCAGCAGUGGCAGGAGAGAGGAGUUUGAAAUACGUGGACUUUUACAAACAGUAAUUGGACCAUGUGUCGCCCUUAAUGUGGUUCGGUUUCAUGACUCAGGCUAAUUGAUGACAAUAAUAAAAUUUUUUAAGAUAGCUAAUAAAAGAGUUGUGAAUUGUCGAGAUAAGAAGUGGUUGUCUCAAACAAUCGGGUAGGAUGGUAAGAAGGGACCUGAUGUAAAAAGGAAGGUAGUAGGUUUCUUUUAUUACUCUCUAAUUGUAAAAUACUUCUGCAUUAGAACGUGUAUCCAUCGUUCGUAAAUAAUUUUUUAAAUUAAGAGCUGACAACAAGUCAAAAGCUAUCAUAACGGAAACUUAGCCCUUUUUUUCUAAAGUUGUUUCCUAGAUCAUUUUCCUCCUUGGAAAUUUCUAGCUCAAUUCAGAGUCAGUUGUAUAGAAGGAAAAUAAACCUUGUUUUACCUAAGAAAAUUAUUCAUAUGAUGGGAUGGUUUUGUUUAACUGAAAUUCAGCUUGAUUUGUAAAUAAGGAGUUUCAGUUUUGGAUGUUCCUAGAUUUAACAGUGAAAGAAAUUUAUUAGAAUCUUAAACUUAAAAUGUAUUAUUUAAAAAUUAGGCACUACACGUGAAGAAUUAAAGUCCAGUCUACUAAUUUUUAAAUAUUUCUUAAGGAAGUUCUCUGCAUGAGGUUGGUCUUGAUUCCUGCAGAUCCACUCUGGAGUUAAAGGCAAAGGAAUAUUGAUAUAUAAUUUCGUUAUACUUGAUUUCAGAAUUUUUAAUACAUACUUGUAAGACAAAAAUUUAGAGCUGAUUUUUAAAAGGCUAGUGCUAAUAUAAAAUCUUCAAAUACUACCCAAUGUAUUUUUAGUAUUAGUAAUAAAUAUGCCUGUUUAUUUGUCCCCAAGAACAGAAAGAGGUAUAUAGAAUUUUUAAAUGCGUACAGGUUUUUGUAGGGGUUGUAGGAUUUAUUUGUUUUUGUGUGUUUUUUUUUACUAAAAUGAUUUUUAUUUGUGAAUUUUUUAAAUAUUUGUGUUUUCCUGAAGUAGUAGGAAAUCAAUCGUAUUAAGUUAUUUUAAACAGUGAGGUGGGAGAUGUAUCAUUAUAUAGCUUAAUAUUUAGGAAAAAAAAAAGAACAAAAAUUUGGGUUGUCUUUACACUCUAACUUGACCACAUGGACAAAGGAGGUGAUUUGUAUUUCUUCAGUGAUUAUAUUCUACAUACACAAGUCAAACUUAUUUUUUCAACCUUGAAAUAAAAUCCUGUAGA